CCCGCCAACAUCUAUUCUUACAUCCACGACUGCUUCCUACACUUUGAUGUAUAAACAUCUCUGAGCACCACAAUUUCUUUGAUACUGUGUUUUCGGGGCUCACUUACCCCGCAAGACUUCACGCCAUGCUGGUUAUCAAUUCCGUUGCCGUUCUUGCAUGUCUCUGGGCCACUAGACCGGUAUUUUCUGAGCAAUGGAAUGGCGCCAAUGCUCAACAACCACUACUUCCAACGUCUUCAUCACCAGCCCGCAACUACAGCGUCGGGUUCAGCCUGUCAUCCUCAUAUGGAGCAGCAGCAGUCAUAAUCGAUGAUGUCCUCGAUGGAAAGAAGACCAUGACAUGGGUAGUGCAUGGUGACACUGCGUAUCAGAAAACCAUGGCGAGAUUAUCUCUGGAAGAGUCAAGAUAUCUUGCACCACCGUAUGAUGAUAUGCAAGAUUACUUCAACAACGUUCCUCGCGUGCUGGCCCGCCGAGCUCUGAAAGCCAACAUGCAAGUCCUAUUUGGGUAUGCCAUCACGAGGAAUCAGACCUGGUGUCGGGCUGACCUGGUUAGGGAAUGCUGUGGGACGACACAACCCUGAGUUGAAUACUUCUCGCAUGGAUCUUCUGUUUUUCAAACUGGGUCAAUGGCUCUUGGAGAUGUUUCGAUGAUACGGAUCUCAUACGAGAAGUAAGCUACUAUAUUCUCAUUCGGAUUCAAUCACAACCUCAAUAUGAUUCCUGAAUUCCUGCUUGCUUCUAUACAUUGUUCAGAUCUGCAACAAGGCGCUCUGGCGAGCCAAUUUCAUUGCAAGGGGUUUUUCGGAGCCGUGUCCAUCACGCGAUAGUCCUCAACAGUUAUGCCACCCGAAGCAACCUCCUCGACUUUCACCGUAGGA